GUGAGGCACCUCCUCACUCAGUGAUGUCAGCUGGUGGCUUGGAAUCAGCGCUGGCAGCUGCCUCGCUCUGGAGACGCUGCUCCCCUUCCCCGGAGAGCUGCCCGCAGCUGCCCGCCUCCCACAGCUGCCUCCACGUGGCCUGACUGCACAACCAGGUCGCGCUGGACUCUACGCCACAGAGGCAGACGAGUCAUCCGCCCCCCAGACGGCCACCCAGCCAUCUGCCUGACCUUCCCAUGACAAUGAGUUUCCAGGUGACAGGCCUGGGCCUGGACAAGAUGAAGCUGGACAGUCCCCAGUCCUUCCUGGACCAGGAGGAGGUGGAGGAGGCUGAGGACCGGCAGCUGCUGGAGCCGGAGGCUUGGAGGACCUACACAGCACGCCGCAAUGCGCUGCGGGAGUUCCUGACCUGCGACCUGAGCCCCCACCUGCUGAAGCGCCACCACGCUCGCAUGGAGCUGCUGAGGAAGUGCUCCUACCACAUCGAGAUCCUCCCCAAGCACCUGGCCCUGGGCGACCAGAACCCGCUGGUGCUGCCCAGCACCAUGUUCCAGCUCAUCGACCCCUGGAAGUUCCAGCGCAUGAAGAAGGUGGGCACCGCGCAGACCAAGAUCCAGCUCCUGCUGCUCGGAGACCUGCUGGAGCAGCUGGACCACGGCCGUGCCCAGCUGGAUGCCCUGCUCGAGUCGCCUGACCCUCGGCCCUUCCUGGCGGGCUGGGCACUCGUGGAACAGCGGCUGGCAGACCUGUCGGCCGUCAUGGACAACUUCCUGGCCAUGAUGGUGCCAGGGCGUCUGCAUAUCAAGCACCGCCUGGUGUCUGAUGUUGGCGCCACCAAGAUCCCGCACAUCCGGCUCAUGCUCAGCACCAAGAUGCCCGUCAUGUUCGAUCGCAAGGAGUCGGUGGCCCACCAGGACUGGGUCACCCUGCGCUGGUUUGUCACCAUCCAGCCAGCGAUGCCGGAACAGUUCGAACUGCGCUUCAAGCUGCUGGACCCACGGACACAGCAGGAGUACCUGCAGCGCGGCAUCAUCCCCGUGGCCGCCUGCACUUUCGACGUCCACAACCUGCUGCCCAACCGUGUCUACAAGUUCACCGUCAAGAGGGCAGAAAGCUACACGCUGGUCUAUGAGCCCUGGCGGGACAGCCUCACACUGCAGACCAGGCCGGGGCCCCCCGAAGGGCCGCCCCCCCGUCGGCUGGGCAAGCCGGGCCGCCCCUGACUGCAGCUUCCGAGAGAUGGUUUUCUAGUAUUUAUCCACUAAUAAAGAGGAGUAUAAACGCACACACACAAUGAAAGAAGCAAACCUACUUCCGUCCUGAGGGCAGCGGCAGCCACAUGGGUAUUUCUCCUGACUUGGCCCAAGCACUCCCACGAGCCCCAGGCCCCGCAGCUCCUGCUCCCUUUUCGGGGGGCGGGGGCCCCAGGCUGGACCUUCCAGGACAGCUGGCCCCAGAGCAAGAAGCGCCAGCCCUGGCACCUGGAUGCCACCUCCAGCAUGACAGCUGCCCCAGGGGCUCGGCCACAUCAGCUCCAGCCCACCCCCCCCCCCCCCGUCACAAUAACCAGCCAUGUGACCUCAGCACAGGCUCUGGCCACCUUUCCUCCCUCCUAGGCCAGGUUCCCCAGGGGGACAAUCCCCCAGGUCCUGCCCAGACCCCACAGGGGCAGUCAUGGCCCAUCACUCUCACCCCAGCUUUAUCAGGAUCAGAGUGCCUGAGGCCAAAAGGACAUUUUAUUUUUAAAAUGACAAUAAAAGUCUUAUCUUUCCCCCAAAUGAAGCUGAAGUUCAUCGGCACCCCAUCCGGAGGUGGGUGAGGGUCCCAGGAAAGGGCGCCUGGCAGGGGGCAUCCCCAGCACACAGGCCAGCAUAAGGACUCUUGGGAGGUGGCACUCCCUCCAGCCCAUUGGCCCUCCCCACCAACUCCUCUGUCCAGCCCCCUGUGGGUGACCACCCCCUUGAUGUUGCCUUGAUAGUCUGCCCUUGCCCUGCAGUGGUCCUGUGACCCCGGGCGCCCAGCAGUGCCCCUCCCCGUGCGCACGCUCACUCUGACAAAGGUAAUAUGGGCGUCAGUGUCCACCUGCUCCUGCGGCUUGGACACCAGCUCCAGGAGGGACAGCCCUAUGUCCCUGGCCAUGGCUGAGGAGGAUGGUCAGCACAGGUAACCACGUGGUCACUGGAGAAUCGUGUGGUCAGGGAUGAUGGGAAACAGCCCCUCUCCCACUGGCUGAGAAGUGGUUUGGUGAAGGGGGUCCCCAACUCUGCCGGAGAAGCCCCAGCACCGCCCCUCAGCAUGGACAGGGUGCUCUUACAGGUGGGGAUUUAGCCCGGGGAGGGCUCCUCUCCCAGGCCUGUCCCACUGUGUGCCCCGCGCUCUGGCCUCGUGUGCUAUGGGCGCACUCCUGCAUGUCCUGCAGGGGUCCCAGGGCCCAGGCCUCAUGCUCCUCAGAAAUGGAGGGAACAGGGGUAAGAGCAGGCCAGGGACCAGGGACUGGGGUUUGUGCUGAGUCAUACCAGUCCAACAGAGGGCCUGGCUGGAGUGGGGUUCACCAAGGGAGGUGCAUGGGGGUACGCAGCUCAUUCUGUGUCUCCUGCUGGAGGCCUGGCUUGCGCCCUCACCCAGAAAGGCAGCUGCCCAGAGGCCACAGGUCCUACUCUGGAAGCAGCUCUGCUGCACCUACUAAGUACAGCCCUUGAGGCCAGGACGCUGGUCUGUGCCCGACCCGCCUCAGCCUCACCUCUACCACGUAGCUGCCUCGCCCCCGCCCCCCAGCCCCCUGAUUCCUACAGCACACUUGGGGUUUCAACGCCUCUUCCUCUGGGAAGCCCUCCCUGACUCCAGGUUGGUAAGGUCUUAACUCCCUGCCUCAGACACCUGUUCAUCUCUCCUUAAGCGUUUUUCACAAGAUUCGGUCAAGUUUCUCAAUGCUUGGAGGAGGCUGCCAUGGAGGAGGCCUCUUCCAGGUAGGGCCCAUCGACUCACUUUGGGCCUCGCAGUGAACACAUGGUACACAAAGGCCUGCCACGUCUCGGUCUCUCUGUGACCUCCCGACCCAUCCACUCCCAGGGCCCCGGCCACACCUUGCUUUUCCCACAGCUGCUCUACGGGGUGGGGGUGGGAGGCCUGGGGGCUCAGCCACACAAGGGGAAUGAGGAGCCCAGGUCAAUCUCCAGGGGCCAUGCAGUGCCCAAGGUCCUGGGUGGCACCGGGCCCGCUGGCAGCCUUGGGGACUUUGGACCUAGACUGUGGGCCUAAGAUCAGCGUUCAGAGGCUGGGCACACCUGCAACACCUGAACACAGCUCACGGCGUGGCCUCGCCCUCCCGGUUCCAGCUUCCUCGGCGCUGGCAGAGGACCCUCAGCCGGCGGUGUCCUCAGUGCUCCCCGUGCUCCCCACCCAGCACCUGCCACAAGGGCUUGACAGCCUCACAGCCCGAGGAAGGGCUACCCUCUGUGCCCCCAGACAGGCCUCAAAACACCCAGGGGUGAGAAAGCAGAGUGGCCUUUAUAACAAAGUUAAUGUUCAAUCAUAUAAUAGUCCAAGAAAAGAUACAAAAUUGGAAUGUAGAGAUUUGAUUUGUAGAAAACUUCAGGAAACAGACCCAUCCCGUGGUCCCGCAGCAAGGCCACGGGGGCUGCCCUCCUAGGACACACAACUUUGCAGCCCCAGCCCGUGGGGAACAUCACCCCGAGACCCAGGUCGGAGCUGCCUCAGGGCGGACUCGGCGGGGGGCCAGAGGCUUCCAGAGAAGGCAGAACACAAUGCCUCCUGACACACCAGGUGGGCAGGCUGUCCGGACCUGACCCACCCGCGGAGUGGGGGCUG